UUGGAGGUCGGAUGCCUCUUUCUCCACUGAGACCCUCACACCACAGACCUCAGUGAACCAGCAGAAGAUCAGCAGCAUCUCAUUGCACGGCUUCACAGACUAUUCACAGGAGGGAGACAUGAAGCUGCUGGUGUUUCUCGGUAUUGUCUUCUGCCUCUUUGCCUGUCAUCUCAGUGAGGCCAGGAUCAUCCCAGAAGGAGUGCCUUAUGAUGAACCACCAGCUGUUCCCUACUGGCCGUACACUACCUCUGACUUCUGGAACUACAUUGAGUACUUCAGAUCCAUCGGUGCCUACAACUACAUCAAUGAGAUGGCCCGGGCCUUCUUCGCCCACCAGCCCAUAGGAGACACUCUAGGAUAUGAGACCAAUGCAGGACAUGAACACUAAGAGAGGUGCUAGACCCAAAAGAGAGAAAAAGUAAAAAGAGAAUGACAUGAAAAAAAUGUUACGAGGGUUUAUUAAAGGGAAAUAAGGAAAUUAUUAUAAAUAUGAAACAAAAGGGGGAUGUGAAAAGGAACAGAUAUUUUUAGUAGCUUAGUCACAUAUAUACAAUAGAAUUAGAAAUAAAUAGCCCUCUUAUUGUCAUAUAAAGUGCCACAAAUAAAUAAA